CCCAAGGUUAGGCACCUAAUCUAGGUAGGUAGGUAGGUAGAGGUACGCACCCGGUACCUCCGACGAUGGCCCGGCGCAUACAUGUGAUGAGAGACAAGAAUCGCCGCCCGGUACUGAAACGUCGUGCCCCCUAGCUCUCUUGCAGAGUCGGUGCCGGCAGCCAGCCCACCGCCAACUCGGAGGGCACAGGUACUAUGAACACAUAGAACUUGAAUUCUCCUACAGGCCUGCAGGGAGAGGAGGCCAGGGACCCAGGGCGGCACACACCCUGCCCAUACCAUACCUAACCGGGUGCCGUCGCAAAUUGACGUCAAGCUGUUGCAAAUUGUCCCUUGCUUGCGCCCCCCCCAAGCGGGCGCCGUCGCCAGCCAGCCGCUACGACCCUAACCCGGCAGACUGUAUCAUCAUCCACUAUAUCCAUCCACUAUCCACAUCCACUAAGUGACCUUCAGGCAAAUGGAUCUUGCCCGCCCCAGCUGAGGUAGCUGCUUAUCUCCCAUCUUGUCUCCCCAGUUCCCUGGUCAGCCAGACCCGACUUCUACAUACCUAUUCGUUCCCGCUUUCCGGCGCCCGAUCAAGAAGAUCGCUGUCCACCAACACACGUAGCCGCCCGGCAGGCGCCUCGCCGAUCUACCCCCGGUCCACCCCCGGCCUACCUGAGCUCGUUCGUUGGUGGCCGUCGAUAAACCCACUCUCCCCCACCGCGCGUUCCGUGCCCUGUCAUGUAGCCCCCCGCCUCGUGAUGGCAUCCACUCUUAGACGUCGAGCACCCGGUGUCGACUCCCCCGAAACCUCUUCGCCGGUUCCGACGCCGAGAGACGAUAGCCCCGCCAAGUCGGAUGACAACAAGAUCGAGGUUGUCCGCCAUGAGUACCGCCCCAAGACACGGAAGCGCCGGAACACCUUCAUUUUCCUGUUGGGCAGCUUGUUCGGUCUCAUCGCUGCCGGAUUCUUGGCCCAGACCAAUGACCUGAUCGAACUUCCCGAGAUCGGCGAGCUUAGCAUGGAUAGCCUCCUCGACGUCUUGCCAGCCGGGCUAAUCAGGGACAUGACAGACCUCCUCAACGGCGAGCGGGAUUUUAUCGAUAGUUACGAUUCCUUCACUGUAGGACUUAAAAGUCGCGCCGAGGGUCUCGGUGUCCACCAUCCCGUUAUCAUGGUCCCUGGCGUUAUCUCGACUGGCCUCGAAUCGUGGGGCACUACCAAUAUAUCUCGUCCGUAUUUUCGGAAGCGGCUCUGGGGCAGCUGGACCAUGAUGAAGGCACUCGUCUUGGACAAGGACACGUGGAAGAAGCACAUCAUGCUGGACAAGAAGACGGGGUUAGACCCGCCGGGCGUCAAAUUGAGAGCCGCCCAAGGCUUCGAUGCUACCGACUUCUUCAUCACCGGGUACUGGAUAUGGAGUAAGAUCCUCGAGAAUCUGGCGUGUUUGGGGUACGAUCCCACCAACUCGUUUACGGCCGCCUACGAUUGGCGCCUAUCCUAUCCGAACCUCGAGGUUCGAGACCAGUACUUCACCAGGUUGAAGAGCUACAUUGAGAUGGCGCAUGCGUUCUCGGGCGAGAAGGCGGUUCUCACGUCUCAUAGCAUGGGCAGCCAGGUCCUCUUUUAUUUUUUCCACUGGGUGGCAUCCGCGCAGGGCGGUAAGGGGGGUGACGAUUGGGUUGACCAGCAUGUCGAAGCUUGGAUAAACAUUAGCGGGUGCAUGCUUGGCGCGGUCAAGGAUACUACAGCGAUUCUGUCCGGGGAGAUGCGCGACACCGCCCAAAUGAACGCCUUCGCACUAUACGGGCUGGAACAGUUUCUCAACAAAGACGAACGGGCCGAGAUAUUCCGUGCCAUGCCGGGCAUGUCCUCUAUGCUGCCAAUCGGGGGGGAUGCGGUCUGGGGAAACUCGACGUGGGCACCGGACGACCAACCCGGCCAGAAACAUUCUUUUGGAUCAUUCAUAAACUUUCGGCGCGGUGUAAAUUGGACUACCCCAGAAAAGAAUUUCACCGUCAGCGACGCGAUGCGGUACCUCAUGGACACAACCGAAGACUGGUACCGGGACCAGAUCAUGGAGAGCUAUUCCCACGGCGUAGCUCACACCUCCGCCGAAGUCGAAGCUAAUGAGCUAGAUAGUCGCAAGUGGAUCAAUCCGUUGGAGACCAGGCUGCCUCUGGCGCCUAACCUCAAGAUCUAUUGCUUUUACGGAGUAGGAAAGCCGACAGAGAGAGCAUACUACUACCGCACCCCCGAGUUCCCAGCAUUGACCAAUCUCAAUAUCACCAUUGAUACGGGGCUUACCAUCGACGAGGUCGAUCACGGCGUCAUCAUGGGUGAAGGCGACGGCACCGUCAACCUUCUAAGCACUGGGUACAUGUGCUCGAAGGGUUGGCACAUAAAACGGUACAACCCAGCAGACGUCAAGAUCACCGUAAUCGAGAUGCCACACGAACCCGAGAGGUUUAACCCUCGGGGAGGUCCCAAUACGGCGGACCACGUCGACAUUUUAGGAAGACAGACGCUUAACGAGCUUGUCCUGAAGGUUGCGGCCGGCAAAGGCCAUUUGAUCAAUGACUACAUCGCUAGCAAUAUCCGGGAGUACGCGGAUAAGGUCAAGAUUUACGAGGAAGAAGAAGAAAGGUGAGGGAGGGACGGCAUGAUUAGGCUUAUCUAUCUAGAGUCACUAUAGUUAUAAAAUAAGUGGAAGUACUCCGCGCUUCUCUACGUUUUCGUGCCGAAAACCUAGGACCUCUCCGAAGGCUGGGGGAAAAGAGAUGAGCAGAAACUAAUGUUUAUUUAAACAGUGAAUAG